ACUUCUAGGGGUCUAUAAAAACUCCGGACGUGGAGACCACUCAGUCAAAAAGCUACGAGACGACAAAGAUCAUAACACGCUUUUGGGUCAAGUGCGCAUUGUGGUGUGCGUAAUGGAGCGGUCCGUCAGAUCUCUGCUGGUGUUCGUGGCUGUUUCUAUACUCAUCUCCUGUCAACCUACAGAAGCCUGGUACAAGCAGUCUACCGGUCCGAGUUAUUAUUCCGUCGGGAGAGCUUCUGGUUUGUUGUCCGGGAUCCGGAGAUCACCGUACGUGCGCAGGUCUGAGACAGAUUCAUCGCUGGACAGCAGCGAGACCCCCGGCAUCUCCAACAACGUGAUGCCCGAUUUAAGCAGCAGACAAACUUCAGUCCUUAAAAACAUGGCAAUUUGCGUAAAGGACAUUUCUCCGAACCUGCAGAGCUGUGAGCUGGUUCAAGACGGUUCGAGCACGUUUCGUUGCAAAGCAGACGUGUUUCUUUCUCUGGACUCGCUGGACUGCUUCACCUCCUGAAGAGAGCGCAUCCCCAUCUCUCCCCGACCCAGAAUCUCUUCCAUUUCAAGAGUAUUAAAAGCCAAGGCAGUGAGGCGCACUGUUGACAUUGAAUGUUUACUUGAGUUACACCAGGGAUGUUCAGUGUUGCUUUAAAGAUCUAGCUUUCCGCAAAAAAAAUUGAUCCAAUUCUGUUCCAUACCUGUCGAUUAUUUUCACAAAAUAAAUCAGAUAUAUUAUACAAUUAUAAUAUAUUAUUUGAGAAAAUAUUUUUUUGUAAUCUUUCCUUUUAAGAGUGAUUUAUAUAUUGUGCAUCCCUACCUGAUUUGAAUGGUCAAGAAAACAACACGUCCUAUACUAUUAAAAAGAAAGUGACGCAACAAAAUCAAAAGCUAGUCAAUUCGAAGUCGCUUCACUUUCAGUGUGGACACAUGUUUGCCUUUAAUAAGCAGCUGUAUUCCAUAAGUUUCAUCUAGAUUCUGCAGAAAAAAAAAACAAAUCUCCAAUGGCAACACCGAGCACCCCUGGUUCACACAAUGUGAAGUUAGCUGCUUUUAAAACCGAAAUCCACAAAAUCAUAAUUGAGAUUUUUUGUUAUCUCCCCACCCAUCUCUGUACCUAUUUCCAGAUAUAUUAA